AUGGACCAAGGAAAUAACUCAAGAAUGACUCAAUUUGUGUUGCACAGUCUUUCACGGCCUCGAGAGCUGCAACUUUUCUAUUUUGCAUUUUUCACACUUUUCUAUUCAUUUAUUAUGCUGGGAAACCUCCUCAUUGUGCUCACGGUCCUCUCUGAACCUACGCUACACACACCCAUGUACUUCCUGCUCAUCAACCUCUCCUUCAUCGAUGUGUGUCUGUCCACCUUUGCCACUCCCAAGAUGAUUGUUGACUUCCUUAUGGACCAUAAGACCAUCUCCUUUGAGGGCUGCAUGGCCCAGAUAUUCUUUCAUCAUGUCUUUGCUGCUGGUGAAAUGACACUCCUUGUGGCCAUGGCAUAUGACAGGUAUGUAGCCAUAUGUCAACCCCUGCACUAUGCAGCCAUCAUGAGUGUACGCAAGUGUACAGGCCUUGUCGUGGGCUCCUGGCUCAUUGGGGUCCUGCACUCAGUAAGCCAGUUGGUCUUCACAGUAAACCUUCCAUUCUGUGGUCCAAAUCAAGUGGACAGCUUUUUCUGUGACCUUCCCUUAGUUAUCCAACUUGCUUGCACUGAUACUUAUAUUAUUCAGAUACUUACACUUUUAGACAGUGAUCUAAUAGCUAUGAGCUCUUUUGUGCUCUUGCUCAUCUCCUACACACUCAUCCUGGUCACUGUGAGACGUCGAUCCUCAGUGGGUAUGGCCAAAGCUCGGGCCACCCUGACUGCCCAUGUCACUGUGGUGACCCUCUUCUUUGGACCUUGCAUCUUCAUCUAUGCCUGGCCUUUCAGCAACUUCCCAAUUGAUAAGUUUCUGUCAAUAUUCUAUACUGUUUUCACCCCUCUCUUAAACCCCUUGAUCUACACAUUAAGAAAUAAGGAGGUAAUAUCAGCAAUGCAGAAACUGAGGAGGCGACAAGUAAGUUCCUAACAGUUUCUUGGCUUUCCCUUGUGAUAAUGACUACCAUAAUAAAGGUACCUACUCAUAUCCUUUGCUAUUAAUACUAUAUUUGAAUUAUGAAAUUAAAUAGAUGGAGAUAUUUCUUGUAUCUAGGGAUGGUAUUUGUUGCAAUGUGAACUCUCACUGCAAACUAUCCAAACAUAAGGACUAAAUAGUGAAUAGCUUUGGUGAACUCAUUAACAAAAUUCAGAAAACAAACAGAUUCAUUUAGGUAACCAUGUAAAUGCAGCAUAUUUCACCAUGUCACAAACAUCAAAAUCUGGGCCCCCAAUUAAUGUUUCUUUGUCUUAGCAUAUAGAAUUGCCACUCAGUUUUAGUGGUUCAAUGACUACA